GCCAUAGCUAUUUCAACAAAUCUCAACGAUAGACGUGCUGUGUAAGUCACUUGGAUUUGAAACAAAAAAAGUGAGAGAAAUACACAAAUCGCCUCGUAAAUUAAUUUUAUCGUACAUAAAAAAUAGUGAAUCAUACAUACAACGUCUACUGAGGUUGUGUGAUUAGUGAAAAAAUAUCACACCGAAUUUUAAAAUUAAGUGUAGUAAUUAUCCGUAUUAAAAAGAAGGAGAAGAUCACUCAAUAAAGAAGAAAAAAACGAUGUUGCGAACAAAGAAGGAUGUCGACAAACAUGUGCGUUCAACGCUAUCAAAGUUGCGCGAAGAUGAAAGAAAUCUUCGUGGCUAUCGAAUUGCUCAAUUGUAUUUCAACAUCGGUGAAUACAAUUCGGCAUUGGAAUAUAUUCAACGUUAUAUACAAGCGAAUGACAAAAAUGCAGCCGCAUACAAAGUCCUUGGUCAGUGCUACGAGAAGCUGAAGCGUCCCGAUAAACAAUUGUUUGCCUAUCAGCGUUCAUUGGAAUUAGACAAAAAACAAUCGGAUUUAUUGAUCGAAAUAUGUAAGUUAUUACAGAAUAAUGAUCUUUCUGAUGUAACACCGGCCAAAGCUCGACACUGGUAUGAAUUGGCUGAAUCGCGUGGCAUUCACGAUCCGGCCGUGUUGAAUUUGAAAUUGAAAUUCACCGAUGGCACCGAUCAAGGCAUUGUACAGGAUAUGAUUUUAAAAGAAAUCGUUCGACGACCCCUUGAUAUUGGUUUGCACACUCGAUUGGUGGAUCAUUUUUUGCAACAAAAUCGCAUCGAUGAGGCUUUCAAAUAUGUGUUGGACAUUGAAAUGAAGCCAAACAAUAAAUUCCGAAAUUCAACGGAUUGGUAUGCAGCGGUAUCGGCCGUGCUUGAAAAAUACAAAGCGAAAAAUGCGGCCACAUUGAAUAAAAAUUGGACAUACUGGCUACAAUUGAUAUCAUCUAUUGAACGUCAGUUGUUUCUCACAUUGACCCGCUCUCCGAAAGAUGUUAAUGCCAUUGAUUACAAUUUACUUGAGGCUACAAACUUACUAUUUGAACUGGAUCAAAACUUGAAUAAAGUGGCCACAGCAUGUUCAUUCCCCGAUUCCGAACGUGAUUUGUUUGCCGAUUUUUUAAUACAUUUCCGUGGUCAGUUUGCUCUUCAUGCAGCAUCAUUACUGUUUAAACGGGCAAUCGAAACAUCUGUACGUGCGAAUUUCCUUGAAACGACCAAAACCACAUUACCAUUACUCUUGUUGGCCUUCAAUUUUGGUACAAUCGAUGGCAAUCAGCUUUGGUUGAGAAACGCAUCGGAAGCAACAAAACGGCUAAUCGAUUUAUGGCAAGCACAGAGCAGUUUUCGUGUAUUACAAGUGGCACGCACACUGCAAUCUUGUAUUUCAAGCGGUUCCAGCACUGAAAAUGCCGUUUUGGCCAAUUUACGAAAGAUAUGCACUGAUAAGUACAGCGUUUGGUCGAAUAAAGACGAUGUACUGAAUGAAAUUCGAUCAAUUGUUGCUGAUUCGGAUUGGCGAAAAAAGUUAUACCGUAACCUGUUUGUCACCAACAAAGAACACCAGAAUGCAGUAUCUGGAUCGCAUUUGGUUAAAAGUUCCGCAUUCGAAAAACCAACAUUCGAAUGGCCAGAUAAAAAUAAAUUAAAUGCACUCGAAUUGAAGGCACAAGAAGCCGAUCCAUCGAACUUGAGCCAUUUGGUUUAUUUGACACUUGGAAACAGUUUCGAUCAAACAGAAAUCACAAUCGAACCUGAUUUUAAAUGUGGAUUGUUUCAGAAGUUGAAAUAUUCCACGAAAAAUUUGAUAAACUGUAGUGCGGACACAUUAAAUCAACUUGACAUUCAUACAUUCUUAUUUGCCGCCACGUUGCAAACGAAACGAAGCAUUAGCAUGAAUAAUACAUUGCUCGGAAGCAACGUUCCAACAUUGGAUACAAACAAACCGAAAAUGUUACCAUAUACCAAUAUGGCAAACAUUUUAGCUACCGAAGAACAAAGUGAAUGGUGGACAGCAGCAUACAAGAUCUGUAAUAAUAUUGGCGGAGAAGAAUUGGGUGCAUUAGGUACAACACUGGUUUAUGGCAUAGAGGCAGUACGGGGUGUUGGGUCAACAAAAAUGGACCUCAUUAUUUUGCUAAAUUUGGGUAAAGUUCUCAGCAGCAGAGUGGACAAGACUAUGGUUAAAGAAGAACGGGAAUUUUUGGAAGAUCGUGUCGAAGCUUUGUUCAAGUUUUCGCUGUACGUUUUUCGUGUACAAAACAGCUCGCGUUCAUCAUCUGAGCCGUUCCGUCGUCUGUUCAAAUAUGUUGUCGGUAACAAUUACUUUGAAAUCGAACAAGAUGUAAAUAAAUUGGCAGAGGAAGCGAUCACAUUCUUAGCUGGACGUUAUUUUAAGAAUAAUGCAUACGAAGAGUGCAUUGAAGAUUUGGCUGGAAUCAAAUUACCAUUUGCCACAUAUUUCCAAGCUGAAUCGUAUCGCAAAAUGACGGAAGUAUCGGAUACACCGAAGAAAAAUAAGCGUACAUAUUUGGAUAAAGCCAGAGAUUAUUUGAAGCAAACGGUUGAUUUGUUGGAGGGGCCAAAUAUUGAAAGAAACCAUCCAUUGAAAUCGAUAAUCGAUGAGGAUAUCAAGCGAUUGCAAAAUGAAACUCGCAAAUUCGAAACGAAUCAAAGUAUGAGUGAUAGCUUUGUUAGUGCAAAUGGACGAAGCGAUUUGGAAGAAUCUGAACGAGAAACAGCCACACCUGUACCGAACCUUGGUUACAAUAAUAUUGAACGAUUGAUCCGUAAAAUCAUGGAAUCGCUGAACAUUUUAACUAGCGACGUCAAUGAUGUGCGCUAUCGUGUGCAACACAUCGAAGAUGAUGUGACUGAUGUGCGUAAUCGUGUUCAAAACAUUGAAGAAAAUUUCAACAAAGAAGAUAUUGACGAUGUGGAAACUAUGGAUGAUAAUUAUUUGAAUUUGGAGCUGCAUAAUCAAAAUCAAAAUUUGAAUAAUACAUCGAUGAUUGUGCACCCAAAUCGAAGUCAAACGUUGAACCAACAAACACCAAAAUCGUCACAAAUGCCCAACACUGCAGGCAAAAAUUCAUUUCCAACAUCGCAUCAACAUCAAAUGGGUUUAAACAAUUCGUUUGGCAACAUGAGUACGAUGAUGAACAAUAUGUAUGGUACAAUGCCGUUGAAUCCAUCAACAUAUCAAGCGGCACUUAUAAAUGCAGCCGUCAGUCAAUCACCACAAAUGGCAGCAUCAAAUUACUCACAACCACCAAUGUUACCGUACAGUAAUGAUAUGUACGCUUUACAAGCAUUAUAUGCUCAACAAAUGCUUGGUGAAGCCCAUAAUCCGAAUUUGAUGGCAUCCAUGAUGAUGCAACAUCAACCACAGCAGCAACACAAUCAUCCGCUAUCAAAUCAACCAGCGGCUCAACAAUAUGCAAUGGGCAGUCCAUCUGCAUCGAGUAUUGCAUCAUCAGUACCGCAGUCUUAUCAACAAUCAACACCACUUAAUUCAUUUAUGAAACCAGGAACAUCUGCAUCGCAAACACCGCCACAAAACCAAUGGAAUACAUCAAUUAAAAAUACGCCCGUCGAAAAAGCACCACCGGUAAAUGUGGUGAUCACAAGUUCUGAUCCAUUACCACAAAAUCUUUCAGCAAUUCCAACACAAUCGUCGCUAAAUUUCAGUGUUACCAUUCCACCGCAACACAUAAAAAACAAUCCGACCACAUCGACAUUUGGUGCCGCCUCAGCAAAUCCAACCAUCACAGCUGCAUUGCAAGAUAAAAAAAUAACCCAAUCACCAAUUCACAUGAAUGUCAGCGCAAAAACAAUUACAUCUACAGCAACUGCACCGACAACUCAAGAACAGAAGACGAUUUUUGGCAAUUUAUCAUCCAAACCACUAUCAUCCACUCCAUUCUCAUCGCCAACCAUAAAACUGACAUCAGAUUUAAAGCAAACAGAAACACCAACAUCAGAAGCAGCCAAACCAAAUCCGUUUGCAUCAUUUUCAUUUGGCGUCCAAUCUUCAGUUGCAUCAUCAACUGCAAAUCAAUCGAAACCGUUUUCAUUCAGCAGCAGCAUUGGACAAUUGAAGAAAACCGAAACAUCAGCGUUGGUAAAUGCCGCAACACCGGAAACUCCAAAACACAAUCAAAACGAUGCAAAUACUUCGGCUAAUUCGGCCAAAGAUGAUGAAGACGAUUACGAACCGACCGCCCAUUUCGAGCCAGUCAUUCCAUUACCAGAAUUGGUUGAUGUAAAAACGGGCGAAGAAAAUGAAACAAUCUUGUUUGAACAUCGCGCUAAAUUGCUUCGUUAUGUAAAAGAAUUGAAAGAAUGGAAAGAACGUGGCAUCGGUAAUAUGAAAGUAAUGGUCAGCAAAGAUGAUCCAAACAAAGUUCGACUAUUGAUGCGACGUGAACAAGUGUUGAAAUUGUGCUGCAAUCAAUUGCUGGCAAAGAACACCAAAUUCAAUAAGAUGCCAAACACAGAGACGGCAUUAACGUGGUUCGGUCAGGAUUAUUCGGAAAAUGAACUUCAAGUGGAAAUGUUGGCAAUUCGCUUCAAAACUGCUGAAAUAUGUAAACAAUUCUAUGCAACAGUUUUAAGUGCGCAAGCUAAUAUGACAGAUGGCCGUUCACAACCGGUCAAAUCAUCAUCGAUCCAGGCGUCGGCUGUUGAAAAACCAUCAAACAAGGUUGACACCACAGGAUUUGGCGAUAAAUUUAAACCAAAACCUGGAUCAUGGUCAUGCAAAUCAUGUUACACGCAGAAUACAGCCGAAUCAGUUUAUUGCGCAUGUUGUGAAGAACCGAAAGACGACACAGUUCCGAAGAAGGAGAAAGCAAACAUUCUCGGUUCAACAAAUGCUACCACAUCAAAAUUCAGUUUCGGUACUCUCUCCAGUGCUAUGGGUGGUACAAAAGUAGCCGGUUCUGCUGCUCCUCCAACCCAAAGCACAUCUGCCAAGAAUGAAGCAGCAAAAUCGUCUGAUAAAGGAUUCGGUGACCAAUUCAAACCCAAACCAGGAUCAUGGUCGUGCAAGGCAUGCUAUACAUCGAAUGCUAGCGAAGCAUUGCACUGCGCAUGCUGUGAAGAACCAAAGGACGAUACUAUUCCGAAAAAGGAAAAGGCCAAUAUUUUUGGUUCAUCAAACGCUGGCGCAUCAAAGUUUAGUUUCGGUAAUUUGGGUAGCGCUCAGAGUACAGCUCCAACAUUUAGUUUUACGUUUGGUUCACAAAAUCUUACCGCUACCACUACACCAGCGCCAACAUUCAAUGCGACUGAACCCAGUGUUCCACAAAUAGAUUCGAAGAAGGAAUUCAAUUUUGUAUUCAAAGGAAAGAGUCCUGGAAAACAAGCCCUUAAUACUACACAGGAGCUUGAGCUCGUUUCGGAUGAUGAAAAUGUUGAAGAAGAAGAGAACACCGCAUAUUUUGCGCCAGUUAUCCCAUUGCCCGAUAAAGUUGAAGUGAAAACCGGUGAAGAAGAUGAAAAUAUCCUCUAUUCACAUCGUGCAAAACUGUUCCGUUUCCGUAAUUCAGAAUGGCGUGAACGUGGUCUAGGCGACAUUAAAAUUUUACAACACAAGCAAACCGGUCAAUUGCGUGUUGUGAUGCGACGAGAACAAGUGCACAAGAUCUGCUUGAAUCAUAUUUUAACAUCAGAUAUCGAAUAUAAGGUCAAAGAUCCAAAAUCAUGGCAAUUUAUUGCAAAUGAUUUUAGCGAAGGAACAUAUGAAUUGGAUAAUUUCUCUUUGCGUUUCAAAACCGAAGACAUUUCCAAAGACUUUAAAAGGGCAAUUGACGCAGCACUGUCGGGUAAUGCGCCGAAAAUCAAUGGCAAUGAUAAUGAUCAAACGGACACUGUUGCAAAUGAGGAAAGUAAAAGACUUGCUGAGCUCAAACUGCCCAAUAAUUACUACGACUAUAACAAAAAUGAAGAUUGCAAAGGUUGCCGUGGCUGCAGAGAUGAUUUUGUAUUUUCUGAAGUGAAACAUACAAAUUUUGGUCAAUUCGAUGACAAUCCGCUACCACUGAGUCCACCAUCAAAAGUUGAAUUGGCUCACAAUGAUUUAUCCAAAGACACGAAGAAGGUGGACAAUAAGAAUUCAUUCUCGUUCGCAUCGGUUGGAAAUGAUAGCGCAAGCAAUGGAUUCAGUUUUUCGUCAACGGCAAAUAACACAACGUCAACGGGCAUGUUCUUUGGUAGCAGCAGUUUCAAAUCACCAUUCUCAGCAGCUACAACUACCAACGAGAAAAAAGAUUCAACAAAUACCACACCAGUAUUUGGUCAAUCGAAUUUGUUUGGUGGAAAUGUUGUAAAGACAUCAUCAGCUGAACCAGCAAAAUCAACACCAGUAUUCUCGUUUGGAGUAUCAACACCGGCAUUUGGAAACAAUGGCGAGAAAAAGUCACCAUUCUCGUUAGAAACAGCAACAAGUACAAACCAAGAUAAACCGACUGAAUCUAAGCCACUCUUUGGAAGUACGGCUACAUUUGGAACGAAUAAUGUCAUAACUUCUCCGGCCACAAAUUUAUUCGGCGGCAGUACAAAUGGUACAAACGAUACUUUCGGAUUUAAAUUACCAGCAUCGACAACUGUGACGCCAUUCACUACAAACCAAACAUCGUCACCAAACACCGACACCGCACAAAAACCAUCAGUUUUUGGUAGCGCAACUGGUAUGUCUUUUGCCGAUCUUGCCAAAAGCAAUGGCGAUAACAGCGAACCAUUUUCAUCAUCGAGUACUGUAAGUUUUGCUGCAUUGGCACAAAACAGUUCGAAUGGAUCCACAACAUUUGGUAAAUCCACACCGACCGGCGGUUUCUUUGGUUUAUCGAAUAAGGAUACGUUUAGCAAUUUGAUGGCACCGCAGAAUGGCACCAAUGGAAAUAAUCAAAAUUCAACGCCUCAAAUCGAUGACGGUGAAAAUCACACAGAAGAUGCCAACUACGAUCCACACUAUGAUCCAAUCAUUGCACUACCGGAUGAAAUUCAAGUUAGCACAGGGGAGGAAAAUGAAGAGAAAUUGUUCAGUGAACGGGCCAAACUCUAUCGUUUCGAUUCAGUUAACAAAGAGUGGAAAGAGAGAGGUGUCGGCGAAUUCAAAGUGUUGCACCAUCCAGUUAACAAUUCCUAUCGUUUGCUGUUACGUCGUGAGCAAAUUCACAAGCUGGUAUUGAACAUGGCAUUGAGUGCUGACCUACAAAUCAAUUUCAUGAAGCAGAGCGAUAAGGCAUUCAUUUGGGUGGGCCAAAAUUUUGCAGAAGAACAAGAGAAUGGUGAACUUGAAAGUCUAUCAGUUCGAUUUAAAAAUGCCGAUCUAGCAACAAAAUUCAAUAACGUCGUGCAAAGUUGCAUCGAAAACCUGAAAGCUCGUUGAAAUAAAAUGCGAUAAACGCAUCCAGAUUUUACGAAAA